AUGACGUCCGAAAAGGACGUGGAGACGCCGGCCGGCGCCCACGGCCUCCGAGGAUCCUCCUCGGAGCAGGGCACGCUGACGGAACGGGAGCGUCAACAAAACCUCACCACUUCAGAUGAUUUGGAAAAGGGUGAAAAGACUGAGGUGGAGGAGAGAAAGAGCUUCGAAGAUCUCGAAGACACGCCGGACAGCGAACCGUACCAGGAGGACAUCGUCAUCGAGCGAAUACACACAGGACGCUCACACGCCAGCGCACGAAGUCGCCUCUCUCGCAUAGCAAGUCUAGCCUCCUCGCGCCGAAAAAAAGAAAAGGAUCAUCCCCCUCCCACGAUUCACCCUGUUUCCGACCUCGAUAAUGGCGUCGUGGGCUGGGACUCUCAAGACGACCCGGACAUGCCCAUGAACUUCCCCCGCCGCCGCAAGUGGAUCAUCAUCUGGUUCCUCGCCGGCAUCACCUUCAUGACCCCCUUCGCCUCCUCGAUCCUCGCCCCGGCUAUCGAGUACCUCAACGAGGACUACGGCAACGCCGACCUGACGCUGGGAACCCUACCCGUGAGCAUCUAUCUCUUAGGCUACGCCGUCGGGCCCCUCAUCCUGGCGCCGCUCUCCGAGAUGUACGGCCGCCGCCCCAUCCUCACCGCCGCAAACUUCUUCUUCUGCACCUGGCUCAUAGGCUGCGCCCUCGCGCCCUCGCUCGACUCCCUCAUUGUCUUCCGCUUCCUGACGGGAAUGGGCGGCUCUGGCUGCCUCGCCAUCGGCGGCGGCGUCAUCGCAGAUAUGGUCCCAGUCGCCGAGCGUGGCACGGCCAUCUCCAUAUGGAUGGUCGGGCCCCUGAUUGGGCCAACGGUCGCCCCCAUCGUCGGCGCCUUCGUCGCCCAGGACGUCGGUUGGCGCUGGUGCUCGUGGAUCGCCUUCAUCGCCGCCACGCCCAUGGCCCUCGUCAUCGCCGUCUUCAACCAGGAGACCAACCCCCGCGUGCUCAUCGACCGCAAAGUCGCCCGCCUGCGCAAGGAACUCAACCGGCCCGAGCUCCGCAGCGCCUACGACGACAACACCUCGCCCGGAACGGCGCCCAAAUCCACCUCCCAGGUCCUCCUCCGCGGUCUCAUCCGCCCCAUCAAGAUGCUCUUCCUCUCGCCCAUCCUCUUCAGCGUUAGCCUCUACUGCGCCUUCGCUUACGGCGUCCUCUACCUCCUCUUCAGCACCAUUCCCCUCGUCUUCACCUCCACCUACGGCUUCUCCGUUGGCAGCACGGGUCUCGUCUACAUUCCCCUCGGGCUAGGCUACCUCAUUGGCAUGGCCAGCUUCACCCUCCUCUCAGACCGCACCGUCGUCCGCAUGACAAAAGCCAACAAGGGCGUCUAUGAGCCCGAGAUGCGCCUCCCGGACUGCAUCUACUUCGCCGCCCUCCUCCCCGUCACGUUCUUCUGGUACGGUUGGACGGCUCAGUUCCACACUCACUGGGCCGCGCCCGUCGUCGGCUUCCUACCUUUUGGAAUUUCCAUCAUCGGCAUCUGGCAGCCCAUCCAGGCUUAUGUCAUUGACGCGUACCCCGCGUACGCCGCUUCCGGGAUGGCGGCCUUCACCGUCUUUCGCAGCGUCGUCGCGGCGUUUUUGCCAAUGGCGGGGCCGUCCAUGUACGAUGCCCUCGGCUUCGGGUGGGGAAACAGUCUGCUGGGCUUCAUUGCCAUUGCGCUCAUCCCCGUGCCGGCGCUGAUUUAUCGGUAUGGAGGGCGGUUGCGCAAGUGGCAAAACUUGGAACUUUAA